AUGGCAAGCUUCCUGUGUGCCGCCCUUCAGGGCAGCUUUUUCCUGAUGUUUGGGCUAUGGUGGUCUGUCAAAUACCCAAUGAAGUAUGUGCUUCAAAAACUGAAUGCAGAUAACCAGGCCAGCCGUUGGAUCCAGUGCAUGGAUAUCACAGAAGGAACUGUCAAAGUCUUCUUUGCUCUAGGAGGGAUACUGGGAGAGCAGUUUGUCCCUAACGGACCCCACCUGUCUCUCUACGAUGAAGGGACUCGGAGCUGGGUAAAGCUAAUGAACUGGCAACAUAUGACCAUGUACUUGUUCUAUGGUUUUUCCGGGGUGGUCGAUGUUCUUUCCUAUACACCACUCAAGUUGCCAGUGGGACUGGAUCGCCUCCUGGUGGCUGUGGCAUUGUUUGCGGAAGGCUUCCUGUUCUAUUUCCAUGACUACCAAGGCGAGGUGCUGACUGAACACCUGUACUCUCUGUUGAGCAUUGCUAUAUUUGGAGCUGCCCUGGGAAGCCUGCUGGAAGCCUUUCUGAGAGAUCACACUCUCCUAGAACUCCUCCGAGCCAGUCUUUUCAUUUUGCAGGGAUCCUGGUUUUGGCAGAUUGGGUUUGUCCUGCAUCCACCAUGGGGAGGUCCAGGCUGGAGCCAAGCAGAUGAUGACAACAAGAACUUCCUGACCAUGUGCUUCUUCUGGCACUAUGCAGUUGGUCUACUUGUCAUGGCUGUGAAUAGUUCCACCAGUCGCUGCUGCUCUAAUGGAUGUCCUGUAAAUGUGGAGAGCAUCGACGUGGAACUUGACUUGGGAUGUUGCUUACGAAAGGCCAACCAAACCUUGGAUCCUGUCCUUCUUCCAGAGCAUCUCUCACAGGAAAAAUGAAGAAUUCAAUGUUUCAGAGCACACUGUCCCUACUCUUCAGAUUUUUGAAAUCCACAGGAUUUUAGUUGCCAUUUUACAGAAAGUGUAAUCUUUCCAUAAUACGAAAGAUCAAGGUCACAUGUGAAAGGAGAGUAUCUCUCACUUCAGUGACUUCUCUCAUAUGAACAAGUCUGGUUUUAGACAUCACUGGAAAGGUCUCUGCCAUGUGAGACCAAAUCAGUCAGGACCGGAAAGGGGCCUUUUCAAUAUCUGCAUCUUGAUUCUGUUGAGCCGUCCCGAAACACAUUCUUGAGACAAUUACUUUAUUCUUAUUUAGGUCUCAAGUUAGGGAUGCCCGCCUUCAGGUGGGACCUGGGGAUCCCCUGGAAUUACGGCUCAUCUCCAAACUAUAGAGAUCAGUUCUAUCAU